AUGCCAUUACAGCAGCAACAUCAACAACAAAUUCAUUCCACACAGCAGCACAUCCCAUUGCAACAACAACAACAAAUUCCUUUGCAACAACCACAAAUUCCAUUGCAACAACCACCACAAAUUUCACUACAACAGCAACAACGUUCCCAACAAAACCCAGUUUUGUCUCUCUUAUCUCAAUCCCAGGAAAUGGCGGACACAAAUGUUUGUAGGCUGUGCAACAAAACCAAGUUCGCCGACGGAUCCGGUCAUCAUUGUUAUUAUUGCAGUCUCAAAUCUUGUGCAAAAUGUGGUUUCAGUUUGAACUUACUGCCAAAUAAAGUAAAUAAAUAA